UUUUUAACUUGUUGAAUAGAUAAUGGACGCAUGGUUCCAAUUUCAACACACAUGUAAUAUUACGGUUGGAUAUGCUAUUUGCUUAUUUGCUUAUUGGUUCGUGCAUCGAAGAGAUAGGAUUAGGAGAUUAAAUAUUGAUCCUCAAGAACCUAAAGAAGUAAGAGAUGUUGUGCGAGAAAUAAUGUCUCAAAGAGUUAUAUGUCGUGAAAUGAUUCGAAUGAAUCCACCAGCUUUUAACCAAUUGUGCGAAAUAUUAGAGAUGAAUGGUGGGCUUAAACCAACUCAAAGGGCUACUAUUGAAGAGCAAGUUGUAAAAUUUUUAUACAUGUUGGGACACAGUGUAACAACUCGUGAAGUAAGAUAUUUGGACGAUCUGGAGAGAGUGUGAGUCGUCAUUUUCAUAAUGUUCUAAGAGCUAUGAUAGAGUUGGAGGAAAUGUUUUUUGUGCAACCCGAUGGAUCACAAGUUCCUUCGGAGAUACUCACCAAUUCAAAGUUCUAUCCCUAUUUCAAGGAUUGUGUUGGGGCAAUUGAUGGCACACAUAUUCGAGUAAAAGUUUCCCCUCGAGACGCCCCUAGAUAUCGUGGUAGGAAAGACUAUCCCACACAAAAUGUGUUGGCCGCAUGCACGUUUGACUUGAAAUUCACUUACGUUUUGCCUGGAUGGGAAGGAACUGCAUCUGAUUCCAGAAUUAUUAAAAAUGCUUUACAAAGGCGAUUUCCACUUAAGAUUCCUCAAGGAUGUCGAAAAGAAGGAAUGUGGAAGGUGAUUCUUCUCGAUGUAGGAAUGCUAAUGUUUUGAUAUGGACUCCUAAUAUGGAAGAUAAGCUAAUUGAUGCUUACUUGAAUCAACAUGUAAUGGGAAACCGAGUUGAUGGGAAUUUUACAACAAUGGCUUAUAAUGAAAUAGUAGCCGAACUUAAAGAAAGCUUUCCCGAUAAGCCAUUUGAUAAGGAAAAAGUAAAGAAUCGCAUGAAAUAUAUGAAGACAAAAUGGACAGCUUGUUAUGAUUUAUUUAAGAAUGUUGGAAGUGGCUUUGCUUGGAAUCGAAGCACGGGUUUGUGGAGUGCGGAACGUGAGGUUUGGGAUAGACUAAUCGAGGCUCACCCAGAAGCUGCUGAAUGGAGGACCAAGUCUAUCCGAAACUAUGAUAAACUAUUGGAGCUUUUUGCAGCUGAUAGAGCAAAUGGGGAACUUGCUGAAACUGCGGCUGAGAUACGAGAAAGGAGGAGGGAUUUUAGUGCAAGCAAUGGCUUUGAUUCUCAUACAAUUGAGGACAUCGAUGGUAUGGUUUCUCGAAAUGAAAUUUUGUUAGAGAAUUUCGAUAGGAUUAAUGAUGAGGACCCAAAUGACAACAAUGAUGAACAUGUGAUUACCCCUGAAACCAAAUCAACUGCAAAUUCACAAAAGAAAACUAGAAAAUCGAAGGAUGAAAUUUCUAUUGUUGAUCAGGAGGUGAUAAAGGGUAUGCAGAGGAUAGCUGAGGCAAUUGAAUCCACUGGUGAUAAAUACGUACAAGCUCUUGAACGUGCUCCAAUGAAAAGUAGUGAUGUUUGGAAUCAUUUGCUUGAACUUGGUGUUGAGACUGCUCAAAUUAAACAAGCGUAUCUUUUCCUAACUAAGCAUCCAGAGGAUCUAAAAGCUUUGCUUGGAUGUCCAUUUGAAGAGCGCAAGGAACUUCUUAUGAUGAUGUUAUCUUGAGAAUCUAUUGUUAUUUAUUUUUGUAAGUUGUA